UCAGAUAGAAAGGAAACUGAACAGCCCAACCGUUGCUGCGUUGUCGAUCUCAACUCAUCCAGAUUGCGUUCGGGUUAACCAGGUUCUUUCUUUCUCAUGAUUCACAUCAGAUUCUCAUAUACCCAUGAAGUUUAGCUUCUUUCUGGGUUUAAAGUCAGAUGCUUUUCAACUAGUUUCAUGCUCUUUGUUGAUGGGUUUUGAGUACAAUGACUUUAACAGUUUAACUCAACUCCGCUUCAUCAGUGUGUCAUCAAAUUCAUCAUUUCUCGUAUCUCAUAUUCGCAAAUAUUAGAUGUGAGACAUGAUGAACUUGUGGAGUAUAUUGAAGCUUAGCUUGACACAUAGUGAGGAUUAAUUGGGAGAGAGAUUUAGCUUCCACUAUGGAAUUGGAAAUUUAAAUGUAAUUAUAACUGCUGUUGUAUUAUUUGUAUAUACACUGGAAGGGAUUGAAGAAAUGAAAGCAAACAGAGAAGUUAAUUGUUGUUUAGCUGUGCCACUGAGAAAGAGAUACAUUCUUUACGGGUCUCGACAUGUUCUCUGAGGUGGAACUGGUCAGGGGUGUGGCCGUCCUUGCUGAGAAACUAGAUAAAGACAGUCCAGAUACUUCAAAAUCUGUUAUAACAACACAGCUUUUGAAGGGCUUGUUAAAAGAAAAGGCUAGCAAGGAUCAUGGGUACUUCCUAAAAGUUACUGCUUUGAAGAAGAUAGGAAAUGGACAGAUUUCAGGCGACUUAAGAAAGAUGUUGUUCCCUGUAGCUUUUAGUUGUCGCACAUUCAUACCGCGCCAGGGGGAGAUUUUGGAGGGAGUUGUUUAUCAGGUGCAUAACCUUGGGGUGUUCAUUCGAUGCGGACCUCUUAAGCAUGGUUAUCUGUCAGCUCGAUUGAUGCCAAAUUACCACUACGCUGGUGGGAGAAAUCCAUUCUUCUACAGAGGUGACCUUGCAAAGAUAGAGAAGGAAGUUGUGGUUCGAUUCAGGGUGCUGGCUACUAGAUGGAUAGAGAAGAGGAGAGAAAUGAGGAAGGAGUUUGUCAUGAUUGUUAGUAUAGUGGGUGAUUCGCUUGGCCCUGUUUGUGGUCCUCAUGAAUCAGAUUUCUAACCACUUAAACUGUACAAAGGCUUCUGUAAAUCAAAAUGACUUGGGAAUAUGACUACUGUCAUCUUUAACUAAGAUGCUUAUGAAACAUGAUAUCUAAAUUCUCUGUUGUAGACAUGGGUUUUCAAAAUCGUUUGUUGUACAUAAUUGAAUGACAUACUUCAUA